AUGCGUACCACAGCACUAAUACUGCAUGCCCUAUCGUUCAUUGCUGCCGCUGAGGCUGGGCCUCUGAGGAGUCGCCAAAGACACCAUGCGCCGGCAGCACCAAGGCAAUUCUCAAACACCACCAUCACCUCGACGACGAGAAAUGGAGUCCCAACCGUCUUGUCGUCAACCCUUCAUGGCAGUCCUUCGACUCUUGAGAGCACCACACCCACUACCCCGACCACAGGGUUGAGUGAACAGUCUACCGCUUCCACGGGCUCACCAUCAACCGACCAGUCAUGCUCGGGGACGCCUGGCUCGGGACAUGCCUCGAGCACUUCGUCUCCCAGCAGCUCGCCGAGUUCUGUACUUUCUAGCACCGUGCCCGCCAGCUCAACUCUCUCAUUACCACCCCUGCAGAGCUCACUCACGCUCCCGCUCGCAGGGACCGGCAGUACAGCAACCUCACCGGCGUCCUCCACGAAGGCGUCCUCUACAACACCGUCAUCUGCUUCCCCAAGCACGGCAACAACAGCCUCCAGCCCCUCGGCCUCUCCAACAACUGAUGGCUCGUCCAUGCUUAGCCUGACGACACUCACCACCAUCACCAGGCAGAGCUCGACUUCUGCAACAUCUGCCGCGCUAUCUUCCAAAACUCAAGAUUCCCUUUCGUCUGCUACCCUUACCGUUACGGGGGCGCCCAUUACCGCUCUUCCAACUGUCGUCCAGCCUCCACCCACUUCUACCGGCACUGUGUCCCCUGCUGUAUUCGAGAGCAAUCUUGCCGAGGCGCGGAAGUACAAUGAAAUCUUCGCCACCCUGACUGCACAAUCCGCCUGCAAGCUUGGCCAAGCUGCAUGUAUUGCUGGGAGCAUUGGGACCUGCGCAAGCGGCGAAAGUUUCGAGCUCAUUCCUUGCCCUGCAGGAAGUGCCUGCUUUGCGUUGCCCAUGAACACCACCGAAGGCGUGAUACUAGGGUGCAACGACAUUGCAGUAGCCAAGGGGAUUCUGGGCACGGUUCCGAGCGCGUUGCUUCCGACUGCCUCGUCGACUGGGGCGGUGACGGCGACUCCAACGUCGGGCACUGCCGGGUCGAGUGCCUCCACGCCGAUCACUUCCAUCGAGGAGUUCACGAGGACCGCGACGGUAACUAUGUCAUCUGGGACCGUCACCGUGACCCUAACGAUUGAUCCCGAUCUCGGAGCAUCCUCGACGGCAGCCUCAACCACCUCACCUGCCAUUACGAGCCCUAUUUCAGAAGUUGUCACCACGAUCACAAUCACAUCAGUAAUACCCGUCUCAACAGUGUCCACUUCACCGCCGGCCGUUUCAACCACUUCGAGCAACCUCCUCCCUCCCGGAUUUGAUCCCGUCCCAAGUGUCAUCGACCCAGAUCUCAGCUCCAUUUUCGGCCCGCCCCAAACAACGGCGGCCCCGCCGUCUAGUACCACGGAAACCCUGCGGGUCAUUCCCAUUGAUACCAGAACCCGGACCAGGAACAGGAGGCCCGAAGCAGCAACCCCACCCCCUGGCGCACCCAAUGGUGCGAACGCCGAAGCCCCUGCCACCACCAGCGGGGUGGUAACAGUCACGCAGCUUGUGACGGUCACGGAGACUGAAAGGGAGACCACGACGGUCUUUGCGACUCGGUAG